GCAGUGUGUUCAGAACAGACUCAGGACUUCACUAUGGCUUUUCUCACCUACUUUUUGACUAGAGCCGAUGUGAUAAUAUAUUUUGUAGUUUGCAUCGUUUUGCUUAUCUACUGGUUAAAUAGAUCUAAGAAGAGCAGAGCAAAGAUGCCUCCCGGACCUACCCCUCUGCCCUUCAUUGGAAACCUCCACCAGUUGGACCUGAAAAACACCCACCAGUCACUGAUGGAGAUGUCUGAGAAGUACGGGGACGUUUUUACUCUGCAUUUUGGACCCAGGAAAGUAGUGGUCAUUUCCGGAUACAAGGCUGUGAAAGAAGCUCUUGUCACCCAAGUGGAUGCUUUUGUAGACAGGCCAAGAUCUCCACUCAUGGACAUAUUUACAAACAACCAGGGUAUACUAUUUUCCAGUGGAGAAGAAUGGAAAACUAUGAGGAGGUUCAUACUAUCAACACUUCGAGACUUUGGAAUGGGGAAAAAAUCUCUAGAAGGCAAAAUUCAAGAUGAAAUAAUUGCCCUUAUAGAAAACUUUAAAUUUCAUAAUGGCAAACCAUUUAAUCCACACCUGAUAGUAAACAGCGCUGUAUCCAAUGUCAUCUGCUCCAUUAUCUUUGGGAACAGGUUUGAGUAUGAUGACCCAACAUUUCAAAAAUUAAUCAGAAUGUUAGAUGAAAAUGCUAAAAUCGCAGGUGAACCCAAAGCACUGCUGUUUACCUUUUAUCCCUUUAUUGGAAAAAUCUUGGGUCUACAUAAGGCAGUAAUGCAGAACGUUGAGAAUCUAAAAGAUUUUGUCAUAAAAUGUGUGAAGAAACGAAGACUAGAGUUUAAUGCCAAUGACAUUACCGGAUAUAUUGAUGCAUAUCUUUUGAAACAGGAACAGGAGUCAACAAAACCUAAUACCUAUUUUAGUGAUGAAAAUCUGUACCAAUCAGUCCUGGAUCUAUUCGAUGCUGGUACUGAAACUACAUCUACAACAAUCCGUUGGGGAAUUUUGUUGAUGAUGAAGUAUCCGGAAAUUCAAAAGAAAAUACAAGAUGAAAUUAAAAUGCAGAUUAAACCAGGACAAUUGCCAGCAGUAGAGGAUAGGAAAAAUAUGCCUUAUACCGAUGCAGUAAUACAUGAACUACAGAGAUUUGCCAAUAUUCUUCCUCAGAGCCUGUCACAUGCCCCUCCAACUGAUAUGUAUUUUCGAGGAUACUUCAUCCCAAAAGGUACAGAGGUUAUUCCAUUACUGACAUCAGUUCUCAAUGACAAGACUCAAUGGAAAACUCCCUAUGAUUUUAAUCCCAAUCACUUUUUAGAUAAAGAUGGGAAAUUUGUCCGAAAUGAUGCAUUUAUGCCUUUCUCAGCAGGAAGAAGAGCUUGUGCUGGAGAAAGCUUGGCCAAAAUGGAACUUUUCCUGUUCUUCACUGGACUUCUUCAAGCAUUUACUUUCUAUCCACCACCAGGAGUUUCCAGAGAAGAUUUAACUCUCAAGCCCGAUGUUGGAUUCACAUUAGCCCCUACAAAAUAUAUGACACGUGCCAAGCUGAACUAGUAGUGUAGUUUGGAUACAAUUAUAAACACAGAGGCUAACGUUGGUGUUGAUUAUAUUUUAAAGCAGUUUUCUGUGAACCAAUGGGUAUUGCAAAGCCACUAUAAUUACAUAUGACACAUCUGUAAAAGAAAGUGUAUUAUACUCACAGUACCAUUCUGAAGGUGCAUGGAUCAGCCUGCCAGGAACCUUGUAAUGGGAUGUUUCUCUUUACAAAAUCCAGCUUCUGUUGAUCACCCCAUUUUCCAGGUUUCCAACAUGCGCUAUGGAAGAGAUGUCCCUUCCUCUGUGGACGGGGUCAGAACUACUCCUCUCUUUGGCAUAUGUGCAAGCUCCUGAAACCACCUCAUCGGCAUAUACACCAGGGGAGGAAAUGCUCUGUCUUCUUCCAUAGCAGAAGUUAUGUCCCAUCCAUAGUGAUAGCGAUGUGGAUAUCAUUCUUGAUCAGUGUUGAGGAUGUCAUGAUAUUAAUGUGAAGCCAUUACAACAUGGCGCUGACACCUAGGUGUUUACAUAGUUUACAUACCAAAGUUUGUAAAAUAAUGCACAAUGCGCAGAUGCCAAGUGUUAUUUCUUUUUAGCCAAUGAAACAAUGGCAUGAGCCUCAGUAGAGGAACACCGUCUCUGAUGAAAUAAAAACUGCUUAACUUCCUGUAAUAAAUGAGAACUGCUUUGACUCUG